AUUUGACAUAAAUCGUUGUUUGCCUUUCAUUGUAGCGUUUGCGUUUGCAAACUUUUUUAAUUUAUAAAGCUUUUUUAAGAAGUAUAAAACGUAAUAGUAGCCUGAAAAUGGGGGAUAAAGGGGAUGCCGAAACGUUUGAUGAUGCAGUUGAAGAGAGAGUAAUUAAUGAAGAAUAUAAAAUAUGGAAAAAAAAUACACCCUUUCUAUACGAUCUAGUGAUGACCCAUGCUUUAGAGUGGCCUUCUUUGACUGCCCAGUGGUUACCAGACGUCACUAGACCAGAAGGAAAGGACCAUUCUAUUCACAGACUUAUUUUGGGAACACAUACAUCCGAUGAACAAAAUCAUCUUUUAAUAGCCAGCGUUCAAUUACCGAAUGAAGAUGCACAAUUCGAUGCUUCCCAUUAUGAUAAUGAAAAAGGAGAGUUCGGUGGCUUUGGAUCAGUUUCUGGUAAAAUUGAAAUCGAAAUAAAAAUCAACCAUGAAGGAGAAGUUAAUAGAGCUCGGUAUAUGCCCCAAAAUCCAUGUGUCAUUGCCACUAAAACACCAUCAAGUGAUGUGCUUGUCUUUGAUUACACAAAACACCCAAGUAAGCCUGAUCCAAGUGGAGAAUGUCAUCCUGAUCUUAGAUUAAGAGGUCAUCAAAAAGAAGGUUAUGGUUUAUCAUGGAAUCCAAAUCUAAAUGGGUAUUUGUUAUCAGCUAGUGAUGAUCAUACUAUAUGUCUUUGGGAUAUUAAUGCAACCCCUAAAGAAAAUCGCAUAAUUGAUGCCAAAACUGUUUUUACUGGUCAUACUGCUGUUGUGGAAGAUGUAGCCUGGCAUUUACUACACGAAAGUCUAUUUGGUUCUGUAGCUGAUGAUCAGAAAUUAAUGAUUUGGGAUACUAGAUGUAAUAAUACUAGCAAACCAUCUCACACUGUUGAUGCUCACACAGCUGAAGUGAAUUGUUUAAGCUUUAAUCCAUAUUCAGAAUUCAUUUUGGCAACUGGUAGUGCUGAUAAGACUGUAGCAUUAUGGGAUUUAAGAAACUUAAAACUUAAAUUACAUAGUUUUGAAUCUCAUAAAGAUGAAAUUUUCCAAGUACAGUGGUCUCCUCACAAUGAAACCAUUUUGGCAUCAUCAGGAACUGAUCGAAGACUUCAUGUUUGGGAUUUAAGUAAAAUUGGAGAAGAACAAAGUCCUGAAGAUUCUGAAGAUGGUCCACCAGAGCUGCUCUUUAUUCAUGGAGGACACACAGCAAAAAUAUCUGAUUUCAGUUGGAAUCCUAACGAACCAUGGGUUAUAUGUUCUGUAUCUGAAGAUAAUAUUAUGCAAGUCUGGCAAAUGGCUGAGAAUAUUUAUAAUGAUGAAGAACCAGAACAGCAAGCAUCUGAUAUUGAAGCUACAGCCAGUUAAGAAUAUUACCACAGUUCUGGAGCUGUGUAUUGUUUAUUUACUUAUAGUACUAAAAAAUUUGUAUGCUAGACUUUAAAUUUUUAAUAAACUAUAAAAUAUC